UUUGUGGCAGCAAAAAUUUCCGAUAUCGCGCACGAUGGAUACCAUGCAGUUGAUGGAUACAAUCGAAACGAAGUCGCAGAUUUUGGCCGACGGUGAAAAUAUAAAGCUAGUGCCGACCAAUAAUAGCGCCGAGUUGGAGGUGCAGAAACCUACCGAUAUUGAAAUCUUGCCGGUCAUCUACGACAUCAUCCGCAGCGUCGAGAAGGACCCGGUGGACAACGCAUCCAAACAGAAGGAGAGCCAAGAGUGCAGCCAAAAGGUGCUUGAACUACACGCACGGCUUGAGUCGGCACGGAUGAAAAUUCAGCAACUGAACGGAAUCGACUACAGCAAAGAGGAGCAACUGAGACGUUUGGACAGCCUAAGGAAGCAGCUAGCACUGAAGCAACAGCUGAUAAAGAAGUACAAAAACGUUCAAUUUUAG